CCUCCUCCUCCUCCUCCUGCUGCCGGGCGGGGCGAGGGUCGGCAGUCCCGGCGCGCUGCCGCCGCGUGGAGCCGUGCUGCGUGUUCCCGAUCCCAUAUCCCCGAUCCCAUAACCCCGAUCCCAUAUCCCCGAUCCCAUAUCCCAUACCCCCGCUCCCGGCUCGCUCCGCCGCCCCGAGCCGUGCCCCCGCUGCGGGCCGGCGGCGCGGCGAUGGGCGCGGGGCUGUGAGCGCGGCCGGGAGCCGUGGCCAUGGGGAACAUCUCCUCCAACAUCUCCGCCUUCCAGUCCCUGCACAUCGUCAUGCUGGGCCUGGACUCGGCGGGCAAGACCACGGUGCUCUACCGCCUCAAGUUCAACGAGUUCGUCAACACCGUGCCCACCAUCGGCUUCAACACGGAGAAGAUCCGGCUCAGCAACGGGACGGCCAAGGGCAUCAGCUGCCACUUCUGGGACGUGGGCGGCCAGGAGAAGCUGCGCCCGCUCUGGAAGUCCUACAGCCGCUGCACCGAUGGCAUCAUCUACGUGGUGGACUCAGUGGACGUGGACCGGCUGGAGGAAGCCAAAACGGAGCUGCACAAGGUGACCAAGUUCGCGGAGAACCAGGGCACGCCGCUGCUGGUCAUCGCCAACAAGCAGGACCUGCCCAAAUCGCUGCCGGUGGCCGAGAUCGAGAAGCAGCUGGCCCUCCACGAGCUGACCCCUUCCACCACCUACCACAUCCAGCCCGCCUGCGCCAUCAUCGGCGAGGGGCUGACGGAGGGCAUGGACAAGCUCUACGAGAUGAUCCUCAAGCGCAGGAAGUCCCUCAAGCAGAAGAAGAAGCGGUAGAAGCCCAGCCGAGGCGGGGAGGGAUGGGGGAGCAGACAAAGGAACCGAGGGGGAGACAGAACCAAAGCGAUUCUUUUGGGUUUAAUCGUUCUUUUUUUAUUUUUUUCCUCCCCCCUUCUUCAUUUUUUCCCCCUCCUUCCCCAAAGGACAGACAAUAGUGGUGAUAACAAAGCGGCUCCCGCCAGCCGAGCCCAGAUCCCGGAGCUCCCCUCUCCCUCCGCCCCGUGCUCCUGAGGGUCUGAUCCGGACUCCCUUGGGCUGGAAACACGGAAAACCGGGAUGAAUCCUCCCGGGAUGAAUCCCCCGGGGAUGAAUCCCCCCCUCUGCAUCUCCGGGACCACCGAGCCUUUGUGUGCCGGGGAACCAGCAGGGCAGGACCCUGUUGAAGCGCGUUCGAGCGGAGCCCAGCGUGCUUUUGGAUCUCUACCGGGGGCAUUUGGGGGUGUCGAUGCCAGCCCCCCACAUGCAUUUUGGGGCGGGGGGUGCGGAUGAACUGCGGCUCGGCAAGGUCAGCGGGGAGGGGGCUUGCAGCCCUCAUCCCUGCAUCCCCGGAUCCCUCCCCCGCGGGUGGCGGUGGGAAGGGGUGUUGAAAGCUUGGACGGGGGGGUUGGACCAGCAGAAAAUGCCUUGGAGGGGAGGGUGUGAUGGGUAAGGGGACAUCCGCCCACCCAGGCUGGUGUUUUAGGGUGCAGAGCAAGGACGGGCAGCCUUCGGCUUGGGGGGGAGGAUGCGACACUGGGGUGGUGCUGAGCAGCUGCUGAAUGGUGCAGAGCUCGAAGCUCUUGGCUCAAAAAAAAAGGGUGUAAAAAGGAAAACGAAUACCCGAGGGUUCGGGGUGAACGCUGCUGGGAGCACUAGGGGGGUUGUGCAGGACCCCCAUUUCUCAGAGGCUUGGAGGUGUCACCUUCUGCAGCAAAGCCCCCCGCAGGUGUGCAUUGUCCGCGUGCUCAGGGUGCUCCCAGGUGCGGCUUUGGAGGUGAUCCAACCCGGGGGUUACUUAGCAGAACCCCCCCAAAAAAGGCAGAGUUGGGGGUUCUGCCCACUGUGCUGCUCUGCAGUGGGGCAGGAGGCCAAGUCAGGGAGGGUCACGGCAGGGCAGGAUGGAUGGAUGGACAGACAGAGACGGCCAGAGCCUGCAAAAAAAUCUCUGCUGGGAAGGGAAGAUGGCAGGGGGUGAAGAGGCAUGGGGUGGGGGGUUUGGUAGGUUUCUAAUAAAGAUUUGAACCCGAUUGAGAGCCCCUUGCUUCCCCCAGUAGCCACAGGGGCAAGCUGUGCCUGCAGAGCACCCGGGCAGGGCCGGGCCCGGCCGCCUCCUCCUGCAGGGGAACAUUUUAUACCUGCAUGGGGCUGGGCACCAAAAUCCACUUGCUGCCUGUGGUUCAGCCUGGAUCCGGCUCUCCGGGGUCCUGGCUUCCCACAGAGUUGAAGCAGGCAGCCCUCAGGGGCCAAAUAUGCUGGAUUUGGAGGCAGGCAGGAUUUUCUGGUGAUUUUACGCCACCUCUCCUGUUUGCAAACCCCUUUCCCAGAGCAGCCAAGGGGAAAGCACCAAGCAGACAAAAGCCCCUCAGGUUUUGGGGAGUUGAUCCUCCCCUUGCAGUGACGAGCACCUUCCAAACAGCAUUUUUGGGGGGUAGGGGGGUUUGUUAGGGAACAAAUGUUGCAGCUGAGUUGUUUCUUCUCCUCUGGCGGGGUUUGAGUUCCCGAUCUGUGUGGGCUGGUCCCAUCCCUUCAGGUGGCUCUCUUCCCGCUCCCUCGGGUUUCCCUGCUUUGUCUUCACCUCCAACACUUUGGUACUUGCUGUCGAGAGAGAGAGAGAGAGA